AUGGAUUCAGGACUAUCUUGGGCUGAUCAAUGGGACUACAACUCUGACCCUCCUCCAAAUAAAGAAGACGACAAGAAGAAGAAGAAGAAAAAGGAAGACGGAAGCAAAAGCAGUUUGGGGAAGACCAUACUUGGUUUCAAAUGGAUGAAGGAACUUCGCAAGAAAUCUGAUAACUCACCAAUGUACACAGGGGCACUUCUCUUUUACGCAGCGGAUCCUCAGAACCUUCUAGGUUUUUCAUCAGAGGAAACUUCCUUGAAGCUGAAGAAAUCUCUGUCAAAAACAUUACAAAUCUUUUACCCUCUUGCCGGAAGAAUCACCGGAAGUUCCGUCGAAUGUUAUGACGAAGGAGCUGUGUUUAUAGAAGCUCGAGUGGACCAGCUUCUCUCGGAGUUUCUCAAAUGCCCUGUUCCUGAUGCAUUAGAGCCACUCAUUCCUGUUGAAGCUAGGUCAAGAGAAGCAGUUACAUGGCCUGUGUUGCUGAUCCAAGCCAAUUUCUUCAGCUGUGGAGGAUUGGCUAUCACAAUUUGCAUCUCUCAUAAGAUCACUGAUGCAACCUCUUUAGCAAUGUUCAUCAGAGGAUGGGCUGAGUCCUCGAGAGGCUUUGAGAUUACAAUGAUUCCUAGUUUCACCGCUUCAGAUUUCUUUCGUCCACCUCCUCAUCAUGAGCUUCCUUCAAAACCGAUGGAUAAUAAAGCCGAGGUUGAAGAGACGAGUUUCGUAACAAAGAGGUUUGUGUUUGAUGCUUCAAAGAUCAAGAAACUCAAAGCAAAAGCUUCAAGAAGUCUUGUCAAGAAUCCAACACGUGUUGAAGCCGUCACAGCUCUUUUCUGGAGAUGUGCUGCUAAGGCUUCUAGACUGAGGUAUGCAGCUCCAAGAACUUCAGUGCUGCAGAUAAUAGCGAGCUUACGAGGAAAGGUAGAUUCUUUGUCUGAGAGCACAAUCGGGAAUAUGCUUUCUCUCAUGAUUCUCAAGAAAGAAGAAGCUGAGAUAGAUGAGAUUCAAGAUUUGGUUAAUGAGAUAAGGCAGGCAAAGGAAACCUUCAGCUUACACUGCAAGGAGAUGUCGAAAUCAUCGUCGAAAAUUCUUGAGUUUUGGGGAGAGAUUGGUAAAGCAUAUGGAGGAGGAAGUGAAGUGGACAUGUGGAUGAGUAAUAGCUGGUGUAGGCUCGGUAUCUACGAGGCUGAUUUUGGAUGGGGGAAGCCGGUUUGGGUGACCGGAAGAGGCAAUUCUAAUUUCAAGAACUUGAUGUUGUUGAUUGAUGCCAGAGAUGGAGAGGGGAUUGAAGCUUGGGUCACUCUUACGGAAGAAAACAUGUCCAUCUUUGAAUGUGACGAAGAGCUUCUUGAAUUCUCUUCCUUAAAUCCCCCUGUUGUCAUCUAG